AUGCCGACAUCAAAUCAUGGAGACGACGAUUUCGAUUCCGACGAGGACUCUAUGAUCAUCGACAUCGACCAACUCCAGAACCAUGGCAUUGGAGCUGCAGAUAUUGCAAAACUCAGAGCCGCCGGCUACUGGACUGUCGCUUCUGUUCAUUCCGCUAUGAGAAAGACUCUUGGAAAGAUCAAGGGUCUCAGUGAGAUUAAAGUCGACAAGAUUAAGGACGCCGUUUCAAAAAUAAACCCAUCCGGAUCAACUUUCGUUACUGCUUCUGAAUAUGGCCAACAACGUAAGCGUGUCAUUCGUAUCUCCACCGGCAGCAAAAAUCUCGAUGCCAUCCUUGGAGGCGGCUUUACCACCAUGAGUAUUUCUGAGGUUUUUGGGGAAUUUCGCUGCGGGAAAACUCAGAUGGGACACACGCUCUGCGUUACCUGCCAACUACCAAAGGACAUGGGCGGGGCAGCAGGAAAGGCUGCAUACGUGGAUACCGAGGGGACGUUUCGACCUGAUAGAAUCCGAGCAAUUUCUGAACGGUUUGGGGUCGAUGGUGACGCUUGUCUUGAAAAUAUUCUUUACGCUCGUGCAGUCAACAGCGAGGUCCAAAUGGAGCUGAUCCAAAAACUUGCGGAGCCGUUUGCCUCGGGUGAAUACCGCCUUCUUGUCGUCGACUCCAUAAUGGCCUGUUUCCGCGUCGAUUACAGUGGACGUGGCGAGCUCUCUGAGCGUCAGCAAAAGCUUGGGCAGAUGUUAGCUCGUCUGACUACUAUGGCAGAAGAGUUCAACAUUGCAGUUUAUAUGACCAAUCAGGUCCAGAGCGACCCAGGAGCCAGCGCACUGUUUGCAGGCGCAGACGGACGCAAGCCAGGUGGACAUGUCCUGGCUCAUGCCAGCGCUACCCGAGUUUUACUACGCAAAGGCCGCGGAGAAGAACGAGUCGCUAAGAUUCAGGACAGUCCCGAUUGUCCGGAACGCGAGGCAACAUACAUCAUUAGUAACGGAGGAAUCGCUGACCCUGAAGGGCCCUCAGCUAGAUAUUGA